CUGAGAGGCACCAGGCCCAGCCGCCACACCACACACCUCCCAGCUCUGCAGACAAGAUGCAGCGACUGUGUGUGUAUGCGCUGAUCUUUGCACUGGCUCUGGCCGCCUUCUCUGAAGCUUCUUGGAAGCCCCGCUCCCAGCAGCCAGAUGCACCCUUAGGUACAGGGGCCAACAGGGACCUGGAGCUACCCUGGCUGGACCAGCAGGGCCCAGCCUCUCACCACCGAAGGCAGCUGGGACCCCAGGGUCCCCCACACCUCGUGGCAGACCCGUCCAAGAAGCAGGGACCAUGGCUGGAGGAAGAAGAAGAAGCCUAUGGAUGGAUGGACUUCGGUCGCCGCAGUGCUGAGGAUGAGAACCAACAACCCUAGAACCAAGCCUCAGAGCCCAGCCACCUCCCGCUCCACCCCAGCCCUGUCCCCUGAAAAACUAAUCAAAAAUAAACUAGUUUCCAGUGGAUC